GAAGCGGACUCCUUCGAGGUGAAGCUUCGCUUCGAGGGCCGGUCUCAUGGUCUCAACAUUGACACUGCCAAUGACGAGCAGGCGAUUGUGAAGGAAGUGAGCGGAGCGGCGCUGGCUUGGAAUCGCAACGCGCCGGAGAUGCACCAGAUCAAGGCGCGCGAGAUGAAAAUUUUCGAGGCCUAG